CGAAGAGCACCACAAAAAUGGUGGUGAGCCCACAGAGAGGAGAGAAGAGAAGAGAAGAAAACGCCCCUGGUGUGGUGGAGGCGGAUUUUUUCGCCUACUCCUUUCGUGUUCGAGCACACUGCUUCUUAUUUGACCAUCAGUUGAGCUUAGUAUCAGGCAAUGGAUGGMGGGAAGGAGGGGAUGGAAGCAAAAGCUUCGUUACAAGUAGCUAUGGCCGAAGGAAAGGAAGGCGAUUGGGAGUGCAGCGGCUGCAAGAACAGGAACUACGCUUUCCGAUCGUUCUGUAACAGAUGCAAACAGCCUCGCCUUCUCGUCGACAACAAAACCCCUCCGGACUCCAAAUGGCUUCCUCGCAUCGGCGACUGGAUCUGCACGGGUUGCACUAACAACAAUUAUGCAUCACGAGAGAAGUGCAAAAAGUGUGGACAACCAAAGGAGGUAGCGGCAAUGCCAGCAAUUGCAAUCCCUGGAGCUUCUUUUCCAACUUAUUCACACUAUUUUGCCAGGACCCAAGGAGGGCUGAAUACAAAGAUGAAUCUUGGAUUAAUAGGAAAUGGAACUUCACAGCAACCGCAUCCGUUGAGCUCCAACUGGCCCCUGGGAGGCGUUGAUAAGUAUGGAAUUCAUGCAGCUCAAACAUUUCCUUUGGGUGGAAAUAACUCUGCAAUCUCAUAUAUGAGCUCCACUAAUCAGAUCCUUUUAGUUCCGAAGGGUUGGCGAAAUGGUGACUGGAUAUGUAACUGUGGCUUCCAUAAUUACUCUUCACGUGCGCAGUGCAAAAAAUGCAAUGCUUCACCUCAAGCACUUGGAAUGAAACGCUUAGCAUCCGAAGAGCUUGUUCAUCCCUGGGAUAGCAAAAGAUUAAAUAUAGGACAGACAAACGAGCAACAGCAAUCUUACCCAGGUUUUGAGCAGAUUGUAAGUUCCAGUAGUGACCUAAAUGUGGGAUUGUAUAAUUCCUAUUCCCACGAAAGUUCUGGCGUGGCCCCAAAUUUGGAAAUGGUGAUGAACUUUCCCCAACAAUCAACUGCGCCAACACUCCUAGGAAAAGGUGCAAAACAGUGGCGCAAUGGAGAUUGGAUGUGCACAAAUUGCAAUAAUCAUAACUAUGCCUCUCGCUUACAAUGUAACAGGUGCAAGACUCAAAGGGAUUCACUUUCUCUACCACUCAGUGCCAUUUAGCAUAUUUAUACAGAUUUCGGAUGGUUCUCAUGCUGCUAGCUUCUUCCAUUCCUACAAGGAAUAAUUUUUCAUAACGCCUUUAUUUUAUGGUUAUCUCCUGCUUUACUGGCUCGCUUAUCCAAUAUAUUGAUUGAUUAUGAGUUUUCCUUUACUUAGGAAGAAUGUUUGGCGUGAAUGACAUUAACAUUUUUGUUGAACAGUUGAGAUUAUUUAAUGUUGAACCCAUUUAGAGGAAAAGUAAUGUUCAGUUUUGCAUCA